CAUUGCCCAGCGGGGGCCGCGGGGGCGCGCUGCGCGCCGCCGCUCAUUGUGCUGGGCCGGUGCCGCGUCCGCUCCCGGAGCCGGCGGGGCCGCGCUCCCGCUGCUGCUGCGCUGCCGGGCGGGCGGCCCUGCGCGCAUCCCCGCACACGGCUGCCUUGCGCCCAGCCCUGCAGCUCCUGUCCCGGCCGCGCUGGCCCCAGGGUGGCUCGACAGCGUUCCGGAGGGCUGCGCUGCGCUGCGCUGCACGGGCGGUGGGGACUGAACACGCGUCCCCGAGCGGGACUGCCUUGCGCCCAACCCCGCUGCACACAUCCCGGGGAGCUGCCCUGCGCCGGGAGGGUGGCCAGCACCCAUCCCGGUGGAAGUGGGCUGCCUCGCGCUCACCGGCGGGGUCCGCAGCUAGCCCGGCGUGCGGGGCUGCAGCGCCCAGCCCCGCUGCCCGUCCCCAGCGUGCGGCGGCCCGGGGCUGCCGCUCCUUCCCACCGCCGCUGACCGGCUCCUGGCUCCCGCCUCGUUUUAUGGUCGUGGAGAGGGAGGAAAAAUCCCAAACCAGCUGCGUAAAUGAGUAUGGAAGAUUAUGAUUUCCUCUUCAAAAUUGUUUUAAUCGGCAACGCGGGGGUGGGGAAGACCUGCUUAGUCCGUCGCUUCACUCAGGGGCUUUUCCCACCAGGGCAAGGAGCCACGAUCGGGGUUGACUUUAUGAUUAAAACUGUGGAGAUAAACGGUGAAAAAGUAAAGCUGCAGAUCUGGGACACGGCGGGCCAGGAGCGGUUCCGAUCCAUCACGCAGAGCUACUACCGCAGCGCCAACGCGCUGAUCCUGACCUACGACAUCACCUGCGAGGAGUCCUUCCGCUGCCUGCCCGAGUGGCUGCGCGAGAUCGAGCAGUACGCCAGCAACAAGGUCAUCACCGUGCUCGUGGGUAAUAAGAUUGAUUUAGCUGAUAAGAGGGAAGUCUCCCAGCAAAGAGCUGCAGAGUUUUCUGAAGCCCAGGACAUGUACUAUCUGGAAACAUCGGCAAAAGAAUCGGAUAAUGUGGAAAAACUCUUCCUGGACUUGGCCUGCCGGUUGAUCAGCGAGGCACGACAGAACACCCUUGUGAACAAUGUCUCAUCCCCCUUACCAGGCGAGGGGAAAAGUAUCAGCUACUUGACUUGCUGUAAUUUUAAUUAAAGAGAUGGCAUGUGGUUGCCCCUUCUGCCAUGGGCCAGGUGGAUUUUUUUUUUCUAUGCUGGGAUUUAUCUACUUGAAGGAGUUCCUGCCAAUCAGACCCAUCUGGCUUACUCAGAGUCAGGUUACAGUCCUGGAAGCAUGGCAGGCUGAUGGUUCCAGCUGCAUGGCAAUGUAGCAGAAUACAACAGGGUUUAAAUUUCAUUUUUCUUGCAGUCUGUGGAGCAGGUCAGGAAAGGAAGAGUUGCACAAGUGCUUCGUGUAAUGCAGAACAUGAGCUGUUUUGUUUCCUUCUGUGGGAGAGUAGCCCAGCCUUCCUUGAAGAUACUGAAGAGAUCAAAAUGUCUCUUACAGAACAAUGUGUUUGAUCCUUUUUAAGGUAAAACAAAGUAAGAAAAAACGCAACAAUGAACACUGACUUGGGACUGCCCUGGCAAUCUUCUGGGCUGUCAGCGAGCGAGCUCGUACGAUGUGUACAUAACGUCUGCAUCUUCAUGGAGGACUCUGGUGUUUGAAAUAGUGUUAUGUCUCUCAUCUACAGGCACUUUCAUGAACGUGGAAUAAACAAAAAAAGUCACAUAUAGCAGUAUUUUCAAGAUUGAAGAAGACAUGGAUACGGCUCAGUCGCUCCCUUUGGUGCUAGCAGUUCAGCAAAUAUUCCAUAGGCCAAAUGUAGUCUUACCACAUUACUGUCUUCUGAAUGUGUAACCUAGACUGGUUAGGAAAAAAACACUAAUAAGCACUGUUCAUAAAAAUAAAAUCUCAUUACCUCUUUUUCUAGGCCUGAACAUAGUGGGAAAGGACUGUGUGCUUCUUUGGUAUCCAACAAAGGAUGAAAAGACUUUCCAGAAUAAAAAUAAAUAAAUAAAUUAA